CCUCAAAAAUCCCUUCGCUGCUAAAUGGAAAGCACUUCGUAGCUUCGUAGCUCCCACCACUUUUGGCUGUUCUAGAUCGCUGAAAACGUAGACUUUCAAGAUGUUUUUCACGCGUUGGCAGUGCAUUUGUGCUUUAGUUGCUUUUACGUGCUCUGCUGGGACCCUCUCUGCUCCAAACAUGUCUGCAGCCACUGUUUACUGGGACCCCACUCACAAAACUGUGGUGCUGAAGGAGGGAGUUCUGGAGACCGAGGGGGAUGCGUACGGUUACCUCAACAACACCUUAAACAGCACGGGCUGGAGUGUCCUGGAGAUCCGUGCGGGUUAUGGACAGACCAAGGAGAAAGAUGAAAUCACCUUCUUUUUGGCUGGAUACUUGGAAGGUUUCCUCACGGCGCAGCAGAUGAUGGAUCACCGCACCAACAUGUUUCCACAGUUAAUCCGUGACAAUGGGACACUCGGCCUUGUUCAAACUUUCAUGGACAAACAGGAUUCAUGGGUCAGAUCCCAAGUGAAACUGAAGCAGAGCGGUGAUCCUCUUUGGGCACAUGCAGGAUUCAUCGUGGCACAGAUGGACGGGCUACUCGCUGGAGUCAAUGCUUGGGCCAAGAAAAGUGGGAAAAAGCCAUUCUCAAAGUUUGACGUGCAGUUCUUGAACGCCGUCGGAGAUCUGCUGGAUCUGAUCCCAGCCCUGAACCCCUCCCACCCGCCGCUCCGAGACUUUAAACUUCCCGGGAUGGGACACUGCUCUGCCCUUAUCAAGAUGCUUCCUGGUUUUGAGAACCUGCUGUUUGCCCAUUCCAGUUGGUACACUUACGCCGCCACGAUGAGGAUCUACAAACACUGGGACUUCAACGUGGCAGAACCGAACACAGCUACUGGAAAACUGUCUUUUAGCAGCUACCCAGGGUUCUUGGUGUCUCUGGAUGACUUCUACCUGUUGGGCAGUGGUCUGAUGAUGACGCAAACCACUAACAACGUCUUCAACGAUGAUCUCUUUAAGCUGAUCACCCCUGAGAGUUUACUGGCGUGGCAGCGAGUUCGACUGGCCCACAGCUUGGCCUCUACCGGAGAAGAGUGGGCAGACAUUUUCUCACUCUAUAACUCUGGCACAUACAACAACCAGUACAUGGUGGUGGACAGGAGUAAAGUGAAACUGGGGCUGCGUGUGGAUGACGGCGCUCUGACUGUGGUGGAGCAGAUCCCAGGGUUAGUCCAGUCAUCGGACCAGACUCAAGCUUUACGACUCGGUUACUGGCCAUCCUACAACAUUCCCUUCCACGAGAACAUUUACAACCUGAGCGGGUACGGGCAGAUGUGGCAGAAGUUUGGAGAGGAUUUCUCUUAUGACCUUUGCCCCAGAGCCAAGAUCUUCAGACGGGACCAGGCUGCGGUGACGGACCUGAAAUCACUCAAGAAAAUCAUGAGAUACAACAAUUACAAGAAGGAUCCAUACUCCAAGAGCGACCCCUGUAAGUCCAUCUGCUGCCGCAACGACCUGAAGGAGGUGCACCCGUCUCCAGGAGGCUGCUACGACACGAAGGUGACAGACUUCCACAUGGCCGCAGACUUCAGAGCUGAGGCGGUGAACGGGCCGACCUCACAGGGGGGACUGCCAAUGUUCAGAUGGGACAAGUUCAUAAACAUCAGCCACGUGGGACUGCCGCGCUUCUACAACUACACUUUUGUCCCGAUGGAGCCUCUUCUCUUCAGUCCUUGAUACUUUAGACGGGUCAAAGUGGCGCCGGUACGAGUCACAUGUGAACGUCUGUAAAUGGAAAUGUCUGUGUGUGUGGAGAGUUACAUUUGUCAAACUGCCAAAUCUGAAUUUAGACAUUUAGAAUUUUAAGGUGUUGCGUCUUAAUAUGUUAAUUUAUAUAUUAUGACAAUGUGCAAUGUUUUUAUAAUUGAAUUUACUCAGGGCUCGUUCUACUGAAGUGGCUUGAUCCAUCUACAGUAGAUACUUUAUUGAUUUUAAUGGAAAUUCAGGUUUCAGCGUCACAAAACUACCCAGCAAUCAACAUUGAAUAAUUGAAUCAGCUCAUGUCGUGACUGUUGUGUCUCACGUUUUGAAAUAAAAUGAUUUAGUGUUUUACUAUUGAAAACCUGCUGUGUUCAUCUCCAGUUCUAAAAUAAUCUGGGUUUAUUCUUGGUAAAAAUGAUAAACUCCGUCUUAUUAUUGUCGACUUUAUGCCUGAUAAAC